CUGCGGGUGGACUGGGAAUACCAAACUUCAUAAGCAACCUUUGCCAAGGGAAAGCUUUUUUUUUCUAAACCUUUUUAAAGAUGGGAAUUCUGGCACCCACUUUAUCUUUUCUUUAAGACAGUCUGUUUUUAAAUGUAUAUAUACACCACAUAAACGUGAGUACAGUGAAACUGCCUGGUCCUUAUAAGAGCUUGAUGGAUGAUGCUUGAGGAGUUGCUGUCUAAUCAGUGUGCCAUGGUCACCUUUGCUUUAAUUGGUGGGCUGGUAUCCAACCGGAGACCGUCUUACAGGAAGAUCACAAAGUCAACCCUGGUCCUAGUGCUGACACUAUUGAGCAGUAAACAGGUAAUGGGGUCUCUGCUAGAUGAUACGAUAAGGAAGUGGUCGGACUAUAAGCUCAAUUGUACGAAGACUUUAACAUCCAAAAAUGUCAACAGAUCUGCAGUGUACUGCAGGGCAUCAUUUGACAAGUUUGCCUGCUGGCCAGAAUCCCCCCCUGGAAACGUGUCAGUGCCUUGUCCUCAUUACCUGCCCUGGAUAAAGGAAGGGGGUGCUAGUUAUCUGUACAGAAUCUGCACUGAUAAUGGGACCUGGCUUACUGUUGAAAACUCGACAGACAUCUGGAGGGAUCACUCUGAAUGCUCAGAACUCAACCGUCACUUCAAACAGCAGGAAGACAAGCAUGCACUUCUUUCAGUUCUCCAGUUUAUCUAUACCAUAGGAUACUCCUUGUCACUCUUCUCACUCUUGCUGGCUGUUCUCAUUUUACUGUUAUUGAGGAAACUUCAUUGCACGAGAAACUACAUCCACAUUAAUUUAUUUGCUUCCUUUAUGUUUCGCGCUGUGUCAGUUCUUGUCAAAGACAUCAUUCUUCACAUCACCUACGCUAAGAGACCCACAGACGAAACAGGAUGGAUAUACUAUUUUAAUUCAGAGAUUUCUGCAGCCUGCAUAGUCACACAAGUUUCCAUGCACUAUUUUGCUGGAGCCAAUGUCUUCUGGUUACUAGUUGAAGGAAUCUAUCUCCAUUCUUUACUUUUUACUGCUGUUCUAUCAGAAAAAAGAUUGUUAAAGAAAUAUAUGUUCAUAGGCUGGGGGACUCCAGUUCUGUAUGUUGUUCCAUGGGCAGUGACAAAAGCUAUCUAUGAAAAUAAAGGGUGUUGGAGUGAAAACAUAAACAUGGGAUAUUGGUGGAUUAUCAGAGCACCAAUGGCAUUUUCCUUUACAGCAAAUUUUUACAUUUUUGUUAAAAUACUAAAAUUGUUGUUCUCAAAGCUGAAAGCAGAGCAAAUAGAAUAUAAUGAUUACAAAUACAGAUUAGCAAGAGCCACCUUGAUCUUAAUCCCGUUGCUGGGGAUCAACGGGUUUGUGUUUGCAUUUAUUGUUGAUGAGCAGGUGGAAGGCCAGUCACGGGACAUCAGACUCUUCAGCGAGCUAACUAUAAAUUCCUUCCAGGGUUUCCUGGUUGCUCUGUUGUACUGCUUUUCCAACGCAGAGGUUCAAGUAGAACUUAAAAAGAGAUGGAGGUUUCUGUUCACCAAUCACUUUGAACAUGCUGCUGACUGCAUACUAGGGAAGCAUUUCAAAUACCUUGGGAAAUACUCUAAAAGGCGUCCGAAUCGUUAUUUCCACCAAAGUGAGUUUUACAUAGAUGGAAGGAGACCUUCAAGCAUGCAGUUCCUGCAGGUGCCACUUAGACGGAACACUGUGGAGUAUUUCACAAGAGGAAGUGUGUCCAGCUCUGAAGGAGAAGGGACUCUGGGUGAAACACUUGAAGAAAUACUCGAAGAAAGUGAGAUUUAAGCAGGACCCGGAUUGUAAAUAUAUUGAUAAUCCACCAUUAAACAAUGAACCUGUGUACAUAUUUAUACUUAUUUUGUAAUAUCUUAUUGAACUUAAUUAUUACGGAUCUCUGUGUGGCUCAAGAAAUAUACUGUAUAUCUAUGCACAGAAGGACAUUAUAAACAUGUUUUUAAUUAAUACAAAACAACUCCAGUACUAUUUUUGUAUGGAAAAUAAAUAAAUAAAUAAAUAAAUAAAUAAAUAAAGGCACUUUUUUCAUAUUUGUUUGCUACAUGUACAAGAUACACAUACAAAAAUCACAUUUAGUAAAUACAAUUGUUACAAAAGAGUCUUCACUCAGCAGCUAUGUAGCUUUGUUUUGGUUAACUGUUGCCAUCGUGAUUUAACUACUACUGCCCUGGAGCCAUAUUCACAAAGCUGACUUAAGUCUGGUCAUAAGUCAUCAAUAAGUCUUGAUGGAAUUGUGGUCUUAAGUAUGGUCUUAACAUUAAGACAACCCUGGAGUAGGCUUAAGUCCUAA